UUAAGUAGGAAAUGACGCCAUAUCUUCCGCGGUGGCCGACAGGACGUGGCAGCACGCAAGCGCAUAUCAAAAGAACUCUGAAAGACUACGAUUCUUUAACUGAAACAAACUCAGAUUUGGACAAAACUUUUGACACAAACAAGUGAAAACAAGUCUUCCAAAAAUGGGGCUCACAAUUUCUUCUCUUUUUGGAAGACUCUUCGGCAAGAAACAGAUGAGGAUACUCAUGGUGGGUUUGGACGCCGCUGGUAAAACUACCAUUUUGUACAAGUUGAAACUCGGAGAGAUUGUCACCACUAUCCCUACUAUUGGCUUUAACGUAGAAACUGUCGAAUACAAAAACAUCUGCUUCACCGUGUGGGAUGUCGGCGGCCAGGACAAGAUUAGACCUCUAUGGAGACACUACUUCCAGAACACACAGGGUCUCAUCUUUGUGGUGGACAGCAAUGACAGAGAGAGAGUUGCAGAGUCUGCGGAGGAGCUCGCCAAAAUGCUGCAGGAGGAUGAACUGAGGGACGCUGUGCUGCUGGUGUUCGCCAACAAACAGGACCUGCCCAAUGCCAUGGCCGUCAGCGAGCUCACAGACAAGCUGGGCCUGCAAAGCCUACGCAGCCGAACGUGGUAUGUUCAGGCCACCUGUGCCACUCAGGGCACGGGACUCUACGAGGGCCUGGACUGGCUCUCCAACGAGCUCUCAAAACACUAGAGCCACAGCCCAGAGGAGGAGAGGAGAGGAAGAGUGGAGAGGAGCGAGCGAGCGAGAGAGAGAGAGAGAGAGAGAGAGAGAGAGAGGGAGGAGAGAGACUUCCAAUCAAGGGACUUGUUGUGGCCUCUCUCUCCCUGCAUCUGAAGGAGUGUGAUCGGACGACGGCGUCAUCACGAACGAGAUCUGCACCUGUUUUUCUUUUCUUUUAUUCUUUUUUUUCUUUUUCUUUUUUUACUUCCUGUGUCUCCUGUUAACUGUCCUCCUUUUUAAAACCGCCUCAUUUUCUAUGACUGUAAAAAUAGCGCUUUAAAAAAAUUAUGCGGGGCUUUUAUGUCAUUGCUUUGAAGUUGUCAGAGUGGAGCAUUGUGGCUAAUGAAGUCUUCACAAAGAGAGGUUUACCUUGAUGGGGGCCCAAUAUUCCCAUCCAGUGCACUUAGUCUUUCUGCUCAGUAUGCUGAUCUACAUUCCACCAGAGUGGGCCAAAGUAAAUAAUGCUGUGUCACUGUUCUGAAAUCAGUCAUAAUGCUGUGUCACUGUUCUGAUAUCAGUCAUAGUGCUGUGUCACUGUUCUGAAAUCAGUCAUAGUGCUGUGUCACUGUUCUGAUAUCCGUCAUAGUGCUGUGUCACUGUUCUGAUAUCAGUCAUAGUGCUGUGUCACUGUUCUGAUAUCAGCGCUCUUGAGCAUGGGCCAGGACUCUGUUUGAGAAUAUUGGAAUGCUGCCUCUCCCUAGCAUGAGCGCCCCCCCCUUAAAUAUGUGUGGCUGUGCUCUGACACCCCAGACAGGUGAGGGGCCUUCAGCAGUAGCCUCCUGCCUCCUCUGCUGUCAUCAUAUGUGGGCCUGGUUAGAACCUGUCCAGACCUGUACGUGUCCAGUCCUGUUCAUCUUUGCGUGUUUGCGUAUUUCCUGCUGCUGUGUGCUUGACUGUGUUAUGACUGAACUCAUUAAAGACCUGGACACCCCCCCCCCCCCCCCCCCCCCCCGAGGUGACUCUGAGGCUAUAGGACUGAACAGCCGCCCGAGACGCUCUCACUACGCACCAACAUCCAGCCCUAGCCCUCCGCGUCCAGCAGGGGGCAGCAGAGUGUAGCAAAGUGUAGGAGAGGCGCUGUGGCGUUUCAAAGGGCAAGGCAACGCAAUAAUACAACACGCCUCGUCUGUACCCCUGGACCUCGUCUGUCUCCCGGACCCUGUCUGUCCCCCCCGGACCCCCUCUGUCCCCCCAGACCCUGUCUGUCUCCACGGGCCCCGUCUGGACCCUGUCUGUCUCCACGGGCUUCUUGUUUCUUAAGCAGGUUAAGACUAUAAACAGCUCAAGUGCCUGGCUUCUCAUGGUAUCAUUUUAAUUGUGGUUUUAUCGGUUUUCCUCCCUGUCACUUCUACGUUUCUCAGUAAAAGAUGUGUAGCCACUGCUCGAGAUGUCUGCUGUUAUUUUCCUUACGCUGAACGCUUGUGAGAGAAGUGGGCGUCUUUAUCAUUAACUGGAGCUGGACAUUUGCCUCUGCAGCAGAAUUUAGAGUUUGGGACUGAACUCAGUGUGUGUUUGGGGGUGUGUGUGUGUGUGUGUGUGUUAGAAGCUAUUAGGUGAAAGGCUGUGGCUUAUUAAGUGGUAUUUGCGGUGCUUGACAGAACAGCCAACAGCAGGAUCAGAAAGCGUGAUUUUGAUUAAAUGAAUGUAAACGUGGGUUUAGCGAAUGGGUAUUAAGCCAGGAUCUCGUGGGCCCUGACGUAGGCUUCUUAAAAUAUGGCUGGAAAGGCUGGAUCUGCUGCUUAAAAUCAACCAGGAAAUGCACCUGUUUAUGUUCUAAGACAUGAUUAGUGUCUGAACUCUACCUGACUCUGGGGCCACACCUCUGGGCGAGGUCCUAUAUUUGCCCUGCUCUUAUUAAGGGACUUUUUCCUGAGUGCCAUUCAGUCAUUUACCUGGCGCCUUCAGGUGCGGUAUUUACCUAAGACCGCAGAGUAUCAGAGAUUUGUGUUCCACUAGAACUAAAGCCAUCACAUUGAUUUCAUAAUCCCCAUAACCGUUUAGUUAAAGGACCUAAUGUUUAAUACAUUAUUUAAAGAGAUAAAAAACGAACUUUUAUAACAGGCAGUCAGAAAAGCGUUUGUGUGUUAGGGGUUCCACUUUUACAAUGUUUUUGUAUUCUUGUCAGAAAUCAACAGCACAGCUAGAGGGCCAGGCAAACUUCUAGACCGUAUUUAAAGAAACAAAUGCUUACCAAAGUGCUUGUAAUAAAAACAUCAAACAGUUCUGAUACUACGGACAUACUUAUGUUAUUGUAUAGGCAGAUAAGACUGAUACUAUGGACAUACUUAUGUUAUUGUAUAGGCAGAUAAGACUGAUACUAUGGACAUACUUAUGUUAUUGUAUAGGCAGAUAAAACUGAUACUAUGGACAUACUUAUGUUAUUGUAUAGGCAGAUAAGACUGAUACUACGGACACACUUAUGUUAUUGUAUAGGCAGAUAAGACUGAUACUAUGGACAUACUUAUGUUAUUGUAUAGGCAGAUAAGACCGAUACUAUGGACAUACUUAUGUUAUUGUUUAGGCAGAUAAGACUGAUUGCCCAUUAGGACUCGGGCCCCUACCUUUCAUGAACCAGCAUGGGCUCCUGCCUUUCAUGAACCACCAUGGGCUCCUGCCUUUCAUGAACCAGCAUGGGCUCCUGCCUUUCAUGAACCACCAUGGGCUUCUACCUUUCGGGAUCGCUUUAAAACUUAAGUAUUUUACAUAAUAUCUACUUGCUUUGAAACUAAAUCUGCCAUCAUGUCGGCUUGCUUAAAUAGGCAAGCUUGUUUCAGUACCAUGUCGGAACAGGAGCAGGACGACAUUAAUGUAAACUAUAGGAGAAGUAGGGCCUACUUCUUGGUAAUAAGAAUUGACACAGUAUGUCCACUAGGGGGAACACUUCCAUCUAUGAUGGGUCCGUUUGAUUGUUGGGCAGCAUGGGGGGGCAACACACGCACUUUGAGUUUUCCUUGGACCAUUAUCAAAAGUGAUGGCAUGUGAUAAAUAAACAGCAGGAUAUCAUACGGAGUUUGUUAAUAAGCUACUUCCAUUGUUAGUAGGUCUACUGAGAAAUUCAUCGAUAACGUCGUAGUUCAACCUAGACAUGUCUAUUGCCUGAUUCAUUUAAAAUAUGGCUUGUAUUUUUGUGCACGGAGAAUAUUUAAAAGUAAGCAGACAGGAUGCAGUAAUAUCAUAUUUAGCUACCAUAACUAACCCCAUCACCCCUCCCUUCCUCGCUGACACAUCGAAUACAGCUUUUCUGAGGAAACGAAAGUAACACAAGGCCACUGAGCAGCAGGUCUGAUGCCCACGGAGGAGGAGCCUUCAGGCAUAAAAAGAUCUUGUCACCGUUGUCAGGUCCUUUCUAUCCUGCAGACUCGUCUGCCCGAAGGAUCUUGGGGCCAUAGAGACGUUCUUCGCGUUGAAGAUGCUGUCGGUCAACGAUGGUCCAAUGGGUGAACAUCCUGUCGAUCAACGAUGACCAACGAUCGUCAAUCGACAAUCGUCGGUUAUCGUUGACCUACAAUGGUGGGAACAGCCAUCCAUCGUUGACAGAUGCCAUAGAGCCUCAUUCUGUCUGCUUGCACUCUUUAUGUUUUUGGAGAAGUGGAGGAAAAUCCCUGCUCCCAAGGGUAGGGUCACUUGGACCUUGUGUGCUUUAGUCCGGUGAUGUCAGCGGAGGAUCCCGACUCGUCGAGGUUCCCCGUUGUUCCCCGGUCUGGAGGCACAGGUCUCUAGUGAGCAGCGCCUGGUGUCCCCAUCGACUGCUGACGAAGCAACAGACCAAAGAAGCAACCCAUGCAAGAAGCAACCACAACAAACAAAGCAAACAAACAAACAAAGCAAACAAACAAACAAACAAACAAACCACGAAAAAGUUUAAAAGCUUAAAAUGUUAAAGUUACCCUCUACAGGGUGGCUUCUAGUUGUCUGUUGCUUGGUUGGUGGGUCGAGGGGACCCAUUCGUGAAACACACCCCGACAGUUUCUAAUAAGUAAUGCUGUACGCUUGUUUUCCUUACAAAAAAAAUUAAUAAAAAUGGCAAAAGCUGUAACGGAAA